AUGAAGAAUGGGCGAAGAUAUACCCGUAGAUCGCUGCAAGACACUUGUGUCAAGCUAUGCUUCCAUGUGGCCCUUGCACCUCUCCUGCAGGUACCCCCUUGUCUCCUCCCCCAUCUUGUCUCAGCAGUUGGCAGCAGAGAAGAGAAUGGAACUCCUCUGCCAAAUCCUGCACCUCUCAGUGAAGCUGCAUCAUCCCCCAUCAUCUUCACCUCCCUUGGUCUCAGCAUUCAGCAGACUCUGGAACGUGACAAAGAUUUUACAAUGGAAGAAAAACAUAUCACACACCAGAAGGUUCACACUGGAGAGAAGCCAUAUCAGUGUUCUGAAUGUGACAAAGCUUUUACAUGGAAGUCACAUCUUAUCAUACACAAGAGGAUUCACACUGGAGAGAAGCCAUAUCAGUGUUCUGAAUGUGACAAAGCUUUUACAUGGAAGUCACAUCUUAUCACACACCAGAGGAUUCACACUGGAGAGAAGUCAUAUCAGUGUUCUGAAUGUGACAAAGCUUUUACACAGAAGUCACAUCUUAUCAUACACCAGAGGAUUCACACUGGAGAGAAGUCAUAUCAAUGUUCUGAAUGUGACAAAGCUUUUACAUGGAAGUCAAAUCUUAUCAUACACCAGAGGAUUCACACUGGAGAGAAACCACAUCAGUGUUCUGAAUGUGACAAAGCUUUUUUAACAAAGUCAACCCUUAUCAUACACCAGAGGAUUCACACUGGAGAGAAACCAUAUCAGUGUUCUGAAUGUGACAAAGCUUUUACACAGAAGUCAGAUCUUAUCAUACACCAGAGGAUCCACACUGGAGAGAAACCACAUCAGUGUUCUGAAUGUGGCAAAGCUUUUACAUGGAAGUCAUAUCUUAUCAUACACAGGAUGAUCCACACUGGAGAGAAGCCAUAUCAAUGUUCUGAAUGUGGCAAAGCUUUUACACAUAAGUCACAUCUUAUCACACACCAGAGGAUCCACACUGGAGAGAAGCCAUAUCAAUGUUCAGAAUGUGACAAAGCUUUUACAGGUAAUGCCGGGCUAAUCUAUCACCAGAGGAUUCACAAGCUUGAGCUGCAUAAAGGAAACUCCAGAAGAAGGGGCAAUAUUAAAGAAGUUGCAGCUGUCCCAUUAGGUUCACAGGCCCAAUGUCUUCCCACAAACUAG